AUGUAUCGUCGCUGUAUAGUUCUCUUCGUACUGUUGAGUCCAGUAUUCUGUCUGUUCAGUCCCAAUGAUGAUGUUAUUAAACUUACUGACCAGAACUUUAAUACGGUAACAUCAAGCAGUGACCUUUGGUUUGUUAUGUUUUAUGCACCUUGGUGUGGACAUAGCAAAAACGCUGCACCAGAUUGGAAACGUUUCGCAACUAACUUCAAGGGUAUUAUAAAGGUCGGGGCUGUGGAUUCGGACGAUAAUCCUGGAGUAACUGGACAGUUUUCAGUUAAGGGCUUUCCAACAAUUAUGAUAUUCGGAGAUAAAAAACACAGUCCUAAAAUAUAUAAAGGUGGCAGAGAUGUCGAACAUCUUAACAAAGAAGCUUUGCAGGAGUUAGUUUCUGUAGUGAAUUCUAGGACGGGUUCAAGUUCUUCAGAUGAUUCGACCGAACCUGAUGUAAUAAAGCUUACAGACAGCAAUUUCGAAGAAAUGGUUCUCAACAGUCAAGAGCCAUGGUUAGUAGAGUUCUUCGCUCCUUGGUGUGGCCACUGUAAAAAUCUAAAGCCUCAUUGGUUCCAGGCAGCACGUGAACUAAAAGGAGUCGUUAAGGUUGGUGCUUUGGAUUCUACAGUUCACAGUCAAAUGACCAAGAAGUAUAGUAUCCGAGGUUUCCCUACCAUUAAGUAUUUCCCUGCUGGACAGAAAACUGAUGAUCCAGUUGAUUACGAUGGUGCUCGAACUUCCGAUGCAAUCGUUGCAUGGGCUAUGGAAAAAGUAGACGCUUUAGCACCAUCACCAGAGGUUAUCGAACUGACUUCGGCAAAUGAUUUAAAAGAAGCCUGCGAAAACCAUCCGCUUUGUAUCAUCAGUGUGUUCCCUAUGCUGUACGACUGUCAGUCAGAUUGUCGUAACAAAUACAUAGAUAUACUAAAGACAGAGGCUGCUAACUUCAAGAAACAGAAAUGGGGAUGGCUUUGGACGGAGGCUCUUAAACAACCUGAAUUGGAAAAGACUUUCGAUAUUGGAGGCUCAGGUUAUCCGGCUAUGGUAGCAGUACAUGGUCGCAAGAUGAAAAGGACUACUCUUCGAGGAUCAUUCAGUUCAACUAGUGUUCACGACUUUUUAAGAUCGCUCUCCGUUGGCGGUGUAAACCUUCCUUUAUUUGAUGUUAAGGCCUUGCCUGAAAUAAAAACAGUCGAACCAUGGGAUGGAAAAGAUGCCAAGCCUAUCGAAGAAGUUGAUGAUAUAAAGGUGGAACUGUGA